AUGACGCAGGGAAUCCACGCCUUCCAAAGCAGAGAUGAUGUCAGGCAAGAAACUUCUCACGAGGAGGGGGUGGAAAGGAAGAGGGAGGCAGGGAGGGAAGGGUUCAGGCAGCUCAUCCCGCAGAUCAAGACCUUGCUCACUUGCCGGCCCCUCAUCACCAAGUUCAAGGUAAGUGGCACAAAUGUGAAGCGCAGCAGGUGUGGAGUGUCAUCACCAAGGCAGGUAAUGGAAGAUCAUGGACAAGUGUGGAAGCGACUGGAAGAUGUGAAGGACCUGCACAAGCAGCUGGUGGAGGCACAAAAGAACAAGGAGGUAAUGACAGAAUUUCAACAAACCUUUAAGGGUGAGCUGGGCUGUCUUAAUGGCCUGCAGGAACAGCUGACCACAACAAAGGAACAAAGGAUUACUACACUGAAUCAAAAGGAGCAGCUGGAAGAGGAGGUCUGGAAAAUGAAGGGCAUUGAAGAAGAGAAGCUCAUUCUAGUCAAGGAAAGAGACAAAUUAGCAAAACAUGGUAAAACUCUUCAAAGUCCCCAGUAUCAAAACACCACAUUGAACAAAGAGAGGGGUGAACUCCAGGAAGAAGUGAAAAAGCUAUCUGAAUCACAAAGAACAGAGAGGGAUCAACAUCUGUCUGAGAAGUCUAGACCUGAAGAAGAAAUAAGGACCCUCAAAAAGUCUGAGGAGGAAAGAAGUCAAUUGAGAGGAGAUGUUGAGAGGCUCAAGAAUGAACUGAAGAAAAUUACCCAAAUACAAGAAAUUAAUAACACCCUCAAAUCUUAA